UUUGGCACCAAUUUUCUGUAGACUUAAGUGUCCGCUUUCCGUUGAGCUGGUAGGUCGUCUUCUCCCAAGUCUCGUCGAGAAGAAGUUCAUCGAAAAGAUAUUUCAUCUGAAAGUCUGCCGUUAAGAUACUUUCCAGUAACUUGUCUUAAUAUCAAGAGUUUCUGCAGUGUAAAGAAGUGAAAAUGAUCUGCAAGUUUGGCUUGUUCGUUACGAUUUGUGUAACUAUUUCCGCGGCUCAAAAUUUGAUCCCACAAGAUCAAAAGUGUGCCAAAAACGGUGAAUAUUGCCAGAAUCAUUGGGACUGUUGUUCAAAUAGCUGCUUAAGUUACCUGUACAAAUGUGUGAAAUCGUACAAUCAACCACUUCCUGGCGAGGCACCAAUAGUUCUCACACUAAAUGUAAGGCAAGACGUUCCCGGUGACAGUAUGACUCUGCAGCAGUUAAUUGAUAGAUUAUUUGGACCAACCAUACGCCCCCAAGGAGCCUUGGCUACUCGUUUUGAUACGGCCGAUAUGAAUACUCAGGCUCCUUUUGAAGGAGUUAUUUCAAACUGCAAAACAGUUGGUUCAAAGUGUUUCCAAAACGAUGAAUGCUGCACGAAUGUAUGUCAUGGAUUCCUCCACCAAUGCGUAACAUAAGAAAUAAUGGUACUUAAAGUACAUACACAGCCAAUACAUUAUACCCAGAAUAAAUUAAUAGAUUAAGAAUCUAAAUUAUCACAUAUUAUAUGUGUAUCAUAUUUCA